GUUUAUUAGCUCUAAACUUUGAGAGAGAGAGAGAGAGAUAUGGAGUACAGUAACCAUGGUUACCUGGAGGAGUUACUUCUGAGAAGUGACCCCUGGGAAACAACAAUUCCUUUAGGAAUGAAUGAGUUCCACAUUAAUGAAUGCAGUACUUUUGAUGGUUUUGAUGGAGCCCAAGUUACUGUUCCUCACAGUUCUUACUUCCAAGAGUUCUCUUUGGCAUUUGAUCAAACACUAAAUGGCUCCUACAGUGAUUUCCACCACCCAUUUGGAGAUGAAUUCUCAGCUCCAGAGAUCACUGAUUCAUCCAGUAACAAGCUUGACACACCACCUUUUCCUACUCAAGAAGAGUACUCAUUGUCAAUUAUAGAUGGUGAAGAGCAAGGUCAAGCAGGCAAUGGUUUUGGCCAACUGGGGUUGCAAGCUCCAUGUAAAGUGGAGCCAAUCCAAUCUACUGAAGUACCCACUUUCAACAUGGGUAUGUGCCCAGAAAGAAAGAACAAGGUCAAGAAGUUGGAUGGCCAGCCAUCAAAGAACCUAAUGGCUGAGAGAAGGCGAAGGAAACGGUUGAAUGACCGCCUUUCGAUGCUCAGAUCAGUUGUCCCUAAGAUUAGCAAGAUGGACAGAACAUCAAUACUUGGAGACACCAUAGAUUACAUGAAAGAGCUCCUAGAGAGAAUCAACAACUUACAAGAAGAAACUGCAGUGGGUUCAAAUCAGCUUAACUUAUUGAGCAUCUUCAAAGAUGUGAAGCCUAAUGAAGUUCUUGUCAGAAACUCUCCGAAGUUUGAUGUGGAAAGGAGGAAUAUGGACACCAGGAUUGAGAUUUGUUGUGCAGGGAAGCCAGGUUUGUUGCUAUCAACUGUGACCACACUAGAGGCAUUAGGCCUGGAGAUUCAGCAGUGUGUUAUGAGCUGUUUUAAUGACUUUGCAAUGCAAGCUUCUUGCUCAGAGGAUUUGGAGCAGAGAGCAAUUGUAAGUUCAGAAGACAUAAAGCAGGCAUUAUUUAGAAAUGCAGGCUAUGGAGGAAGAUGUCUGUAGGGAUCAACAGAGAAGAAAAAAAAAUUGUGGUGGAACUCUAUGGAGCAGAUUCUGUAUCUUUGUGUUGUCAAGGAGCUUUGCAAGUGGGAGGUUUGUGGUGAUUUUGUUAUCCAAAAUAAGUAGAUUCAAGGAAGGCAAAUAAGUGGUUUCUUUUAUCAAAGCCAUCUGAAGAACUGAAUUUUCUAAUAUUUUGUAGCUUCAAUUGCACAUGUAUUUAAGUGCAAUGUUUCUUUGUUAUAAUCAUAAAUGCUCAAGAACUGAGAGGCCUUACAUUUUGAACUGGGUUUGGUGGUGUUAGAGUGUAUUUGAGAUCCUAUGGCACACAAGCAACAGC